AUGGAUUCCCCGGGCAAGACGGACAAGCUCGUCCAAGAAGACCCGCUCGAGAUCGGGCGCGACGGCAUGCCGCCCGAGAUCUGGGACGAUAUGGUCAAGCACGAGAAGUUCAUAUACUUCUCGCUCAUGUUCCUCAACGGCUCGGUGCUGUGGGCCUACUACUCGUGUCUGAGCGCCCAAGACUUCUACACGGUCGAGUUCCCGGAGUCCGGCCUCGACUUCUCUUUCCUGACCACGCUCUGCACGGCGUGGCCCAUGGUCAUCGGCCAGGGGCUGCAGAUGGUCUUCGGACUGGACAAGAAGUUCGGCCAGCGCACGCGCGUGCACGUGGGCUACGGCAUCUUCAUGCUCAUGGCCGUGCUCAUCAUGGUCUUCAGCGCCAUCAACUUCUCGAGCCAAAAGACGGGCGCGAUCCUCGUGCUGGUCUGCUUCGGGUGCAUCGGCUUCGGCAAUUCGCUGUCCGAGGCCACGUACUACACGUUCGCGGCGCUGUUUCCCAUCGAGAAGUUCACCAACGGCGUGCAGAUCGGCAACACGUGCGCCGGCAUCCUCAACAUCACGGUGGCCACGGUGCUGCGUCUCGCAGUCGGAGGCGUGAACCAGACCAGCAGCUCCACGAAGCUGAGCUUCUACCUGUUCUUCAGUCUGUUGGUCAUCGUGCUCAUUUGUGCCAUCUUGCUGUACCGCUACUUGAUCAGCCUGCCGUCGGUCAAGUUCCUCAUGGACCGCAACGAGAGCUCGACCAAGGAGGAGCACCUGGCCAGCCAGUCGGUCGGCCGCACACUCAAGAACCUGGGCCGCAUCUUCCGCAUCAUCUGGAUGCCGGCGCUGGCUCAGUUCCUCGUCUUCUUCGUGUCGCUCUCAGUGUUCCCGGGCUUCGGCUGCGCGGCGUCGCGCAAUUUGUUCCCGCCGUAUAACGACGAGGCCCACACCCUCACGUCCACUUGGUACUGCUCGCCGGGCAUCAUCGGCAGCUACAACUACGGCGACUUCAUCGGCCGGAUCCUGUGCACGGCGGCGGUGUACCGCGUGGUGACCAUGGGCUGGGCCUUCGGACUCUCGGUGCUGCGGAUCGCCUUCAUCCCGCUGCUGCUCAUGGGCGUGGCCGGCACGUCGCUCUACUCGUUCCCGUUCGGCAGCAUGGGCGCGCUGGCCUUCAACAUCGUGUUGAACCUAUUGAUCGGCAUUUCGACGGGCCUGCUCUCGACCGUCACCAUGGGCGUGGCCCCGCGGAUGUUGAAGCCCGAGGACCGCGAGUCGGGCGGCGCCGUUAUGGUCUUCUUCCUCUUCCUGGGCAUCGCCACGGGCUCCACCUUCGGCUUCCUGGUCAGCGACAACGGGUGGCUCGGACUCUAA